AUGUCCGUAAAUGAUAUAGAGAAUCAAACAACAACAGAUCAAACAAAGUUACAAAAAGUUAAAGAAAAAUUUUAUGAAAGUAAUGCGGGAGACGGUACAACAACUUAUGAUCAAUAUUUACAUGGUGCACCAUUAUAUUUAUGUCUUUUAUCAUGCUUUGCUACAUUAUUCCUUAUAGGUUUAGAUCAAACCAUUGUCAUUACAAUCUUAGAAACUGUUGGUAAUAAAUUUCAUGCUUAUGAAAAAAUUGGUUGGGUUAGUUCAGGUUAUAUGCUUACCAUGUGUGUGUUUGCAGCUACAUGGGGUCGUAUUGCUAUAACAUGGGGUAGAAAAUAUUCUUUAAUGACAGCUUUAGUAUUAUUUGAAGCAGGUUCUUUGAUGUGUGCAUUGGCUCCAAAUAUGAAUGUUCUUAUUGGUGGUAGAAUUCUUGCAGGUAUUGGAGGUGGUGGUAUUCAAACUUUAACAUUUAUUGUAGCUACAGAAGUUGCACCAAUUCAUCAAAGAUCAACAAUUUUUUCAAUUUUAGGUUUAGCUUUUGCAAUUUCCACUAUUGCAGGUCCAUUAAUUGGUGGUGCUUUCACUCAACAUUCAACUUGGAGAUGGUGUUUUUAUAUUAAUUUACCUAUUGGUGGUGUAGCGGGUGCUUUAUUAUUUUGGUUUUUCAAUCCACCAAAAGCUAAAGGUACAUGGAAGGAAAAAUUAAAAGCUUUAGAUUAUGUUGGUACUUUCCUAAUGACUGCAGGUAUUGUUAUCUUUUUAUUAGCAUUAACUUUUGGUGGUGUUGAAUAUUCAUGGAAUUCAGGUGCUGUAAUUGCAAUGUUUAUAAUUGGUGGUAUUUUAAUGAUUUUAUUCCUCGUUUGGAAUUUCAAAUUUUCAAAAGCACCAAUUAUUCCAUGGUUUGUUAUUAAGAAUCCAUAUGUUACUAUUCCAAUUUUUGCACUAUUUUUAAACUUCUAUUGUUUUAUGGGUAUUGCAACUUUUAUUUCAACUUAUUUCCAAGUUGUUCGUGGUUAUGAUGCAUUUGAUACAGGUGUUCACUUACUACCAAUGAUUAUACCAACAAUUAUUUUCGUUAUUGGUACAGGUAUCUUAAUUAAAACCACAAGAAUUAUAAAACCAUAUGCUAUUGUUGGUGGUAUUUUCGGUUGUGUUGGUGUUGGUUGUUUAACACUUUUAAAAGCUGAUGCUUCAAAUGGUAAAAUGAUUGGUCUUUUGAUCUUACCAGGUGCUUAUGUUGGUAUUGGGAUGCAAACUUGUAUGAUGUCAUCUCAAUUGAAUGCACCAAAAGAAGCUGGUGGUACAAUUUUAACUUCGUCUUUGAUGAAUUUUAGUAGAGCUUUUGGUGGUGCCUUAGGAGCUGAUUUAUCACAAGCUAUUUUCAAUGCUUCAUUUAAAAAUAAAAUUAGAAAACAAAUUAUGAAAGGUGCCAUAAAAGGUAUUGAUUCAUCACAAGCUGCCAAAAUAAUUUCAAGUCCUGCACUUAUUAAAAAUUUACCAUUUGAUUCUCAAGAAAUUGUCUUUAAUACAAUUACUGAUAGUUUGAAAAAUGUUUUCAUAACAGCUACUGCAGUUGCAUGUGUUGGAUUUAUUUUCAUUAUAUUUUUUUCAAAUAAUAAAGUUCCAAAAGCUGAUGAUGUUGCAAAGACUAGAGAAGAAAAGGAAGCUGAAGGAGAAGAACCUGAACAAAACAAUGUUGCUGGGUCUAUUGAAAAGAUCACUACAAAUGAAAGUGCAUCAAAUAAUCAAUCAUAA